UCAUACUCAUGCCUUUACUCUGUUUCUAUUCGACAGCGUCAUCCAAAGAUGGAUUUGAACAAAACUGAUCUGCUGAGACUGUUGAGCUACUUAGAAGGAGAGUUGCAAGCCCGUGACGUUGUCAUAGCAACACUGAAGGCAGAGAAAGCCAAACAGCUGCUGUACCAGGCAAAGUACGGCCGGUUCGGACUGGGCGACCCAUUUGUAGCCCUGCAACGCGACUCGGAUAACAUGAAGGACCACAGCUUUGACGAGGCAGCCAUCAAAUGCAUGUACGACAACCAACUAGCUCAGUUGGAGAAUCUGAUUGCCACACAGAGGAGGGCACAGUUAAAGAUGAGAGAACAACUGGCUCAGGUAGAAAAGCGGUAUCAUAAGGUUUUACAGGUGCUCAGUGAACUGGAGGAGGAGAAGCAGAAACAUGCACAAGACACGGCUCAGGGUGAUGAUGUCACAUAUAUGUUGGAGAAGGAGCGGGAAAGAUUGAAGCAGGAGGUUGAGUUUGAAAAAAACCAAAGCCGCCGAAUGGAGAAAGACCUAAAAAAGACUCUGGCUAACUUGGAAGAAGAGCGGGAAAACUCGGCGAAACACAAGCAGGUGGCGCUAAUGCUGAUUCGAGAGCGGCGCAAGCUGGUCGAGCGGAUCCUGCAGGAGAAGCGAAAGUGCAACGAGAUGGAGCACAUCAUGAAUGAUGAAAAGGACAAGAUGAUGAGCAUGGCGGAGGGUCUCGUUCAGGAGAGCAAGAAGUCGCUGAAGAUCGAGGCCGCCAUGGAGAAGCAGCUAAGCGACUUUGACACAGAACGGGAGCAGCUUAGGGGCCGCGUGUCACGCGAGGAGAGCAAGAACAAGGAGCUGAGAGAGCAGGUGGAACAGUUACAUCGGGAGCUACAGCAGGCCAGGAGUGGUGUCGGCGGGGCCCUUAGUAGCGGCAGCAGCAACAGCAGCAGUCAACUUAGUUUUAUCAGCGCCGGGGAUGACGGUGUCACGGACCCCACGACGGUUGGCGGCGACGAUGACGGCAGCUUCUUGGGUGAGAGCGGCCAAAGUGUCAGCAGCGCCGGCGAUGGAAACGUGCAACACAGCGAGACAAUAAACUUGGCGGUGGGCGGUUGCGAAGCUGAGGUGUGCCUCGCUCCGGUCGCUGCCAUCGACGCCACCCACGAACAGAACGUUGAGUGCACAAUCCCUCUGUCGUCGCUGUCGUCCGGCUCGCCGUCCGCAAAGGUCGCGCCACACCACUCCACGAACCCAGUGACAAUCGACUCCACUGCGACUCUGCAGAUUUCCUCUUCUGCUUCCACGUCGUCGUCCUCCUCCUCUGCCUCGCCCUCCACCGCUUUGUACACAUCCUCCUGCUACUCUUCCUCCCCACCGACGCGGCCACCUCCCCCUCCCUCCUCGUCGCCGCCCCCACCCCCACAGUUUUACACCGCCUCCGCUGUGGCCGAGGGCCGGAAGCCCGUUGUCCAGCUGAACAGCAACAGCAGUAGUAGCCAUGCCCAUCCCCUCCACAUGGAAUCGAGGCCCAUGUCACCCGGGGAGAUCUUCAGCCCGGCUUCGGACAUACGCAUUGUUUCAGGGGUGGGCGCAGAUGGAUCCGGUGGAAGCCGGAUAAGCGUCAGUGCGGCUGGCGGCGCAACUGUUCUGAGUACGAGCGGGGGCGGCAGGAUCUCGUUUCAGUUUGGCCAACCCACCUCAGGUCACCCGUCUCCCCCCUCUUCCUCGGCCGGUGCAGGAGCUGGCCACGCCCGAAAGGCGGUGACAAUCGGCCGCGGGACCCCGCCUCCCGUGCCGCCCAACAAACCAGUCCUUAUCGCCUGUAGUGGGGGCGGGGGAGGCAGUGGGGGAAGCGGGGGCGGAAGCACUGGCGGAACGAGCGUCGUCGUUGGAGUGAAGCCAGCUGUGCCCCCGAAAGUAGGGAUCACCGUUUCCAAAGACAGACUUUUCCUCUCGAGCUCAGAAAGUGAUAAUACCGUUGUGCUGUCCUCGUCUUCUUCGUCUUCUUCAUCAUCGUCGUUGUCGCCGUCGUCGUCAUUGUUAUCGUCGAGCAGAACUCCGGCCAACAAGCCAUUGCAAAUUCCCGUCAGCGUUGUGACGAACCAGUCGCACAUCGCCUCGAAUCGGACUUCUUCUUCUUCUUCUUCCUCUUCUUCUUCUUCUACUCCUUCUUCUUUGUCCUCAUCUUCUUCCUCUUCUUCCUCCAACACCGCCGUCACCGCAAACAACGCCAACAGAGAAAACUCGCCCAUGCGGAAAACAACGCAGGUUUGUGUGAACGGAAAAUAACAACUACUACAAUAAUAAUAAUAAUAAUGAUAAUAAUAAUAAGAAUAAUGAUAAUAAUAAUAACAAUGAUGAUGAUGAUGAUGAAAAUAAUAAUGGUUUCAAAUUUUGGCACGGAGCCAGUAAUUCCAAGGGAGGGGUCAAGUUGAUUACAUCGACCCCUAGUACUCAUCUGGUACUUAUUUUAUGGACCCUGAAAGGAUGAAAGCAGAGUCAACCCGGCAGAAUUUGAACUCAGGGUGUA